CCUUCUCCGCAGAUGGUCGCGCCCCCGGCUCUGUCGGCCCUGCUGGAGCAGGAGCCCCGCAGCCUGCCCAAGGCCAGCGGCCUGAGGCUGAUGGAGGCGGGGCACGACGGCGGCCUCCGCAUGACCGCCAGGCUGAGGGACUUUGAAGUCAGAGACCUGCUCAGCCUCACCCAGUUCUUCGGCUUCGCCACAGAGACCUUCUCUCUGGCCGUGAAUCUCCUGGACAGGUUCCUGUCCGCCGUGAAGGUGCAGCCUAAGCACCUCGGGUGUGCUGGACUGAGCUGCUUCUAUCUGGCUGUGAAGUCGGUAGAGGAAGAGAGGAACGUCCCCCUGGCAGCGGACUUGAUCCGCAUCAGCCAGUACAGGUUCACGGUUUCAGACCUGAUGAGAAUGGAGAAGAUUGUGCUGGAGAAAGUGUGCUGGAAAGUCAGAGCUACUACCGCCUUCCAGUUUCUGCAAGUCUACUACUCACUCACUCGAGAGAAGCUACCUCUUGAAAGAAAAAACUGCCUUAAUUUCGAAAGACUGGAAGCUCAACUUAAGGCUUGCCACUGCAGGAUCCUGUUUUCUAAAGCAAAGCCUUCGGUCUUGGCGCUGUCCAUCAUCGCAUUGGAGAUCCAGGCACAGAAGUGUGCGGAGUUAACAGGAGGAGUCGAAUGUCUUCAGAAACAGUCCAAGAUGAACGGCAGGGAUUUGACCUUCUGGCAAGAGCUGGUAUCCAAGUGUCUCACUGAGUACUCAUCCAGUAAGUGUUCCAAGCCAAACACUCAGAAGUUGAAGUGGAUCGUUUCUGGACGGACCGCACGGCAACUGAAGCACAGUUUCUACAGAAUCACCCAUCUUCCGACGAUUCCUGAGCUGGGCCCGUGACAGGUAAGCACACUUCCUAUCACUGCUUCCCUGAGCUAGGGCUGCUUCCUCCCUCAGAGAGCCGGCGCCAUCGCUGACCUCGCGACAAACACUGCCGGUGAGCAGUGCCUCCGUCAUGACCUCAACGUGAAAAGCAGCCGUUUUCAAUCUCACGCAGUUUCUGUUCCACGUAACUCUAGGUCAUUUAAAGUUAAAUCCUGGCAGAACAAUGGUGAUGUCUGAAAAGUAAGUUUCCACAUUACAGGAACUUAGUUGUCAGCACAGCCAGCGUGAAGGUGGCUGUCUGGACACCUGUGACCUCUGCUCCAGCUGCUGGGCGGCUAGGAAAGAGCCCUAUGCAUGAAGUGUGUAUCAUACGUUCUCGCCAUCUAAUCUAAGUUGUGGUCCAGAGGUAGCACGGUAGAUAAAGCGCUGGACUCUCAAGUAAGGGGUCUGAGUUCAAGCCUGGCAGCACAUGUACCAGAGUGGUCUGGUUCUCUCUUCCUAGCUUUUUUAUUUUAUUUUAUUUUUUUAUUAUUGGAUAGAGACAGACAGAAGUGGGGGGGGGGUAGAAAGGGACAGAGAUAUCUGCAGCCCUGCUUCACCACUCACGAAGCCUCUCCCCUACAGAUGGGGACCAGGGGCUUGAACCUGGGUCCUUGUGCAAUGUUAUGUGUGUGCUUAACCAAGUGCGCCACCGCCUGGCCCUUUCUUCCUAUCUUUCUCAUUAAUAAAUAAGUAAAAUCUUUAAAAAAAAAAAAAACCUAAAUGUUAAUGCUCAACAUACAGCAUAUUAUGAAUUUUAGAUGAGUUCAUUUUUAACAGUAGUUUAUCUGAAGCAGAUUUCUAGUAACUUCAUUUUUUGUCCCAGGCCUUGCUGCAGUUCUGAGCUGUGGAUCACCAUUAUAAAGGACGCCGCCAGCUGUGAAGCUCAGCGCCACAACAGGGUUAGCAUGGAUGUUCUCAGAUUUGGGAAAACCCAACAGUUAUACUGGAAGUGUGUGUACGUAUGGUUGGAUUCAUCUGCGUGAGGCGUACAAGCCAGAACCAAGAGCGUAAAUGUGAAAUGCUAGGGGCAAAGCUGGGAAUUUGAGCUGUGAAUUCAACUUCACAUCUAUGCUACUUUCUAUUAACUGGAUGUUAUUGUAUAACCUGAAUUGGUGUGCGAACUUGAAUUUAAGAGGUCACAUCAAACCAGCAUUUUUUUUCAGGAUCCAUAAGGUCCGUGCUGCUCUUGGGAGAGAAAUGAUUUCCCUCCGCUGAGACGCUGGCUCUUGAGGGUGGAGCCACAGUUAGAGCAGGACAUGUUGGUGUGAUUCUUGGCGUAUUAACAUUCUUUCUAAACAACAGUACAAACACUUUUCACAGGGUGUUGUCCUGCUCUGGCCACAAGGAGAAAACGGGUUUCUACUGUACCAGUAACUCAAAAUUAAUACCACUCUAAAAACUGCUGACUUAACACUCCACAAGUUGUGACUAGGAACCCUUUUUCUAAGAUUUUAAGCUGCUUCUGACCUUGAAUUCUGUUCAAGAGAAUGUACUCCCACUGUCCUAUAUGCCCAAAGAAAGUCCGGAGAGGAGGCGAGGGAGAAGCUUCCUGGUGUGAGUGGGGCUGCUGCUGUGAGCAGUGACUGGGGAUGGGAGGGGUGCUGCUGGAGCUGGCGGAGGCUUGCGCACAGCUCAGAACUGCACUGGGCCCAACCAGAGCCACAAUCAGCUUCUGCUCCUGUGAGCCUGGGGCUUCCCCAAGGGUUGCUACAUUUCACAAUUUUGAAUCCAUGAGUGACAACUGAGCUGUCCGGUGACCUAACCACAAUCAUGUUUUGGUACUAGAGGUAACCUCCAAUAAAGUCAUGGAGAUGCA